AUGGGACGAUGCAGCAGUGCAGUACUGGUUCUGGCUCCAGAAGUCAGAAAGCUUAACGUGAAUAUUGCAGCACAUGCCGAUACGAACAAAACGACGGUCGAUGACAAAAUCAUUGGCGGAACGGUGGCUAAGCGUCACGAGUUCCCAUAUCAAAUAUCCCUUCAGUGGAAUCUCGGCCCGAACAUAUCUCGAUCUCCGAUUCAUUUCUGUGGUGGGUCACUGUUGAACCGAAACUGGGUGCUAACGGCCGCUCACUGCCGGGUUCGAUACACGAAACGUGGCUGGAUCGAAGUGGUUGCCGGAGAAUAUGACACUACCCGGUACGAAAGCAGCGAGCAACGUAGGAAGGCUGCAAAAUACGUCACUCAUCGGAGCUACUGCGGUGGUGUUUGUCCCUUCGAUAUUGGUAUAAUUCAAGUUAAUAAACCUUUCGAGUUGAAUGAAAUGGUUGCACCAAUUGCUUUGCCGAAACAAUACGAGCAGUUCACCGGCGAUUGCAUCGCCACCGGAUGGGGCUCGACGUCCACAACGGAACGACCGAUGUAUCCGGAUAAACUGAGAAAAGCAACCCUACCGAUAGUGGACUUUAAAACGUGCUACAAGUUUUGGUUCGAGGAAGGUAACCCGGAUGCUCUUUCGAAUACCUGUGCCGGACCGGAGGAUGGCUCGCGCAGCGUGUGUUCUGGCGAUUCCGGUGGCCCACUGGCGAAGUUCGAUAGCAAGCGCGAAAAGCCGGUACUGGUUGGUGUUGCUUCUUGGGGUGCGAUCCCGUGCGGUAUGGAACAGAAACCGGCGGUUUUCACUACCGUAGCGACCUACGUCGAUUGGAUUAAGGAGAACAUGAGAUGA